CGUUGGCUCUCCUCACGACCACUUCGUCUUCUCCGACGCAUCUUCUUCUUACUCUUCUUCAAAGCUUUCUCUUUUACUGUAGGGUUUAAUCAAGAACUCAAUUCUCAACACCCGGUUUAGUUUGGUCGAAUUGAUAAUUUCGGUUAUGACGUAUUGAAAUCUCUCAAAUGUCUCACCUUCUUCACCUUCACCUUCACCGUCUCUCUCUUCCACAGUCUUCUCUUCGUUUCAAAUUCCCGCCUUUACAUCUCCCCCGCCGUGUAGCUUCGUCUUCGCCGACUAACUUAACUCGAUCCACCGUGUUUCUUCCUCUCACCGCCUCCAGAUCUCCGAUAACUUGCAGAUUCAGCCACUCCGAGAUUACGCCAGAAUUUGAAUUGAGUAAAGCACAAGACAAACAUAAACCACAAAAGCGAGCAAAUGGCAUAUUUUGGAUCAUACUUAUCAAUCUUGGCAUAUAUAUGGCUGAUCACUUCUUUCAGGUUCGAGGGAUCAAGUCUUUGUAUUUGUAUCACAAUUUCCCGGUUUGGUAUCAGUUUGUGACCGCAACGUUCUGUCAUGCUAACUGGAAGCAUCUCUCCAGCAAUCUUUUUUUCUUGUACAUCUUUGGAAAGCUUGUUGAAGAAGAAGAAGGAAACUUUGGUUUGUGGUUGUCUUACUUGGUCACUGGUGUUGGAGCUAACCUUGUUUCUUGGUUAGUUUUACCGAGAAAUGCUGUUUCUGUUGGUGCCUCUGGAGCUGUUUUCGGGUUAUUUGCUAUCAGCGUCCUCGUCAAGAUGUCUUGGGAUUGGAGGAAAAUCCUUGAAGUUCUUAUUUUGGGUCAGUUCGUUGUUGAGAGGGUAAUGGAAGCAGCUCAGGCUUCGGCUGGAUUAUCAGGUACUAUAUAUGGUGGCUAUUCUUUACAGACUGUUAAUCACAUAGCACAUCUCUCGGGUGCUCUUGUUGGCGUCGUCUUAGUUUGGCUUCUCAGCAAAUUCCCUUCGGAACCUUUGGAUCAAGAAGUUAAAAAGUGAGGAGACAAAUUGGGAUAACCUUUCUUGUAAUUAAGGAACACAUACUAGCUGUCCAGUGAAUGCAAGGCCAGCUGAAACCGUUGAUAGAUUGACAAAAAAACAUAUAUCAUUGUAAAACUGAAGUAUUGGCUCUAAACCGAGCUCCUUGGAGUAUUACUUCUUAAAGCGACACUUUGUUGUUGGACACAAUUUUUGAGCUUAUCGAUCCGGAUUAAAUCGCAA